AGGGAUUCGGCGGCGGCGGUGCAGCAGGAGCUGCUGGCGUGCUACGCGCUGAUAGAGCGGCUGGGGCGCGGCGUCGUCUACUACGGCAGCGCGCGCCUCAAGGCGGCCAGCCCGCACUGGGACCGCGCGCGCCACCUGGGCGCUGAUGUGGCGCGCCUGCUUGGCUGCACCACCUGGUCCGGCGGCGGGCCCGGCAUGAUGGAGGCCGCCACCCUCGGGGCGAUGGACGCUGGCAAGCCGGUUGGCGGCAUCCGCAUCAGCAGGGAAGCAGGCACCACGGUGCGCACGGCGUCCUACCUCCCCACAGACGCCGCCGUCUUCUGCAGAUUCCUGUCCUCCAGAAAGGUGGCACUGGUGGAUGCGGGGGUGAGGGCGUCUGAGAGCGACAGAACGGCGUACAUCUUCCUGCCGGGAGGACUGGGCACGAUGGAUGAGCUGUUUGAGAUCUUGACUUUGAUGCAGCUCAACAAGCUCGGCUCGAAGCACACCGUACCGCUGAUUCUGUGCAACUACGAUGGAUUCUACAGCGGCCUGAUCGGGCUGCUGAAG